UUGAUUUAUUUACAUUCUUCACAGGGUGAGUGGGACGAAGACACAGCAGAUUUGGUUGAAGAAGCUGCCACCCUUAUACGUGAAUUGGAACGCGAAUAUGCUGAACGGGAAAAUGAGGAGCAGGAGGAGGAGGAGGAGGACGAGGAUGAAGAGAGUUCUGAAGAGGAGGAACCAGUUGUCGAGAUAAGAAGGUCAGAAAGACCCAAAAAGUUGUCGGUAAAGGCUCAAGAGCUCUUAGAUCUGACUAUAAGAAAUAUGAAGUUGAAGGAUAAGCAGAAUGAAGAAGGUUUUGAAGUACCCCAAUACGCGUUUGCUGGAUAUGACGGUCAGUGCCGAUUAAUCGCUUCAUUAGUUGACCGAGUUUUCAUUUUGUGUUUAGAAGGAAGCGAUAGUUCUUCAUCAUCGGAUGACGACGAUUCAAGCGAUGACGAAGCUGGUCCUUCGACAAUGUUCUAUCGUAAAAGGCAAGCCCCUCGUGUAACGAUGACAAGCAGUCGGCUCUCACGGCGUAACGUGGAAUCAGAACGAACUACUACUUCUACUCCUGAAAAUCCCGUGCCAGCUUUUGAGCGACACAACUGGAACACCUCAAUCUACUGUUGUUGCCUUCAUACUACAGGAUUAUUCUCUUUAGGACUACUUCUAGACGAGAGCGCAGCUACAGUGAUGACAAUUAAGUCUGAAGCUCAUGAAGUGCUGUCCGGUCCUGGAAGUCGUGAAGCUGAGCCAGCUGAACACGUUCCAUCAAAGCUGACCACAAGCCCUGCCGAUCGACAGGAUGGGAACGUACCACCCAUAGAGACUGAUACCCCUACUUCUGGAGGCGAUCUACAACGGGUAAAGCAUUCGAAGACAUCACUCGCCUCUCGUUCAUUGAAGUCCGAAGGGCCCAGGCCGUCGCCUGUUCGCAAGCGACCAUUUGAAAAAGCGAAACCUAACAUUAAAGUGAAGAAAUCUAGGGCAACUAGUCAUAGUGUAGAAGAAGCAAAGUCGACACCGGCCUCGAGCGCCACGGAUGCAACUGUUCCUGAAGCGCCUGCAGCAGAUGAAGCACAAGAUACUGUAAGUGUAGACUGUAAAAUGAAUUUUGCUCAUAACUACUUUCAGUAUCAUUUUUAA